AUGAAGAAACUGGUGAAAAGAAGUAGAGCUACAUUGACUUUUCCCUCCUUCGGUGGUGCUAAGGACAGCAAAGAAGGCGAUAAAAAACCAGCCCUUACGUUCCCAACGUUUGGAGGCGGAGCCAGCACUACAACAUUUGGGGGUGGAAGCAGCACUACAGCCAGCGCCCCUUCUGGUGGUCUGGGCUUUUCUUUUGGCACGUUGCCAAAGUCAAGCACUGAAGGAACAGAAGCCAAGGGAGAGGAAGAAGAAUAUGUUCCACCGAAAGCAGAAGUGGUUGAAAAUGAGGAGCCUGGAGCGACGUUCUCAUCGAAGUGUUCCGUGUUCAAGCUUGUUGAGAAACAAUACACUAAACUGGGCGUUGGAAUGUUGCAUUUGAAAGAAAUUGAUGGGAAGAAGAGCGUUUUAGUGCGAGCUGCAACUGCCAUUGGAACUGUAUGGAUCAACGCAUUGAUGAACAAAACGAUGAAAGUGGCUAAGGCUGACGAGAAGGGAGAGAAAAUUAGAGUGAGUAUCCAAAGCAGUAAUUCAACCUACUAGUU